UCCAUUUCUGUUUCAGCCGCUAAUCUUCUCUUCCAAUACUAUCCCCAUUUUCCUCAAUUUUAUUCCCUGGAAUUUUCCCGAGAAAAUUAGUAAUCCUCAUUUUCCUUUUCUAUUCCCUCAGUUUUCUUUUUCAAUUUUACCUUCUUAAAAAUUGUGCCUUUGCAUGUUGAGGGAAUCUUUCAGGGAAUAGUUUUGUUGCCGAUUUUCAGAUUUGGAAAAUUUUCCAUUUCUGUUUUCACCAAAUUGUUAAGCUUCUCCUGAACGUUCAUCGUGGAGAGUUUCGGGUCGGGUCGGGUCGUUAAAGGCGGGUUUCACGGCGGUGACAGAUUCACCUUCUGCUUCUUUUGAGGGGGUUAUAGCCCCGAGGCUCUUUUGCCUCGGCGGGUUUCAAAAUCCCCCAAUCUUCACGAAUUCUGUGGAAAGAAAAUUACAGAUUCAGUUUUCUCAUUUUUGAUUGAAAAUUGAUUCUCCAAUUUUGCUCUCGCUUUCGAAAAAAUUCGUUUAUUAUUAAAUUGUGAUCGUCGCUGAAGGAAGAAGAAGAAGAUGCCUGCUCUAGCUUUCGUUGAUACCCCCGUCGAUGCCUUUCCCGGUGACUGCUCCGGCGUCUUCAUCCCGGCGUCGCCAAAUUCCGCCGCCGUUGUUGACACCACCUGCCACUGGUCUCCGUCGCUCUCAGCCUCGCUUUACCGAAUCGACGGAUGGGGAGAUCCGUAUUUCGCCGCGAAUUCCUCGGGCAACAUCUCCGUUCGACCUCACGGCUCAAACACUUUGCCUCACCAAGACAUCGAUUUGAUGAAGGUCGUUAAGAAAGCUACGGAUCCGAAAUCCUCCGGUGGUUUAGCUUUGCAGCUUCCUCUCAUCGUCAGGUUCCCUGACGUUCUGAAGAAUCGACUCGAGUGUUUACAAUCGGCGUUUGAUUUCGCGAUCCAGACCCAAGGCUACGAUUCUCAUUACCAAGGUGUGUUUCCGGUGAAAUGUAACCAGGAUCGAUUCAUCAUCGAAGAUAUCGUCGAGUUCGGAUCGAGUUUCCGGUUUGGUUUGGAAGCUGGUUCGAAGCCUGAGAUCCUUCUCGCUAUGAGCUGUUUGUGUAAAGGUAAUCCUGAUGCGUUUCUCGUCUGUAAUGGUUUCAAAGACUCUGAGUAUAUCUCAUUGGCUUUGCUUGGGAGGAAGCUUGAAUUAAACACAGUGAUUGUUCUUGAGCAAGAAGAAGAGCUUGAAUUGGUUAUCGAUUUGAGCAAGAAGAUGAACGUGAGGCCUGUGAUUGGGUUACGAGCCAAGCUGAGAACGAAACACUCAGGUCAUUUUGGUUCCACUUCUGGUGAGAAAGGCAAGUUUGGUUUGACCACUGUCCAGAUCGUUCGUGUGGUUCGUAAGCUUCGUCAAGUUGGUAUGCUUGAUUGCCUCAAGCUUCUGCAUUUUCACAUCGGUUCACAGAUUCCAUCAACGGCUUUGCUCUCCGACGGUGUUGCUGAGGCUGCGCAGCUUUACUGUGAGCUUACCCGUCUCGGUGCUUGUAUGGAAGUAAUCGACAUUGGUGGUGGGUUAGGGAUCGAUUACGACGGGUCUAAAUCCGGUGAAUCGGAUCUCUCUGUUGCUUACAGUCUCGAGGAGUAUGCUUCAGCUGUUGUUUCGUCAAUUAGGUUCGUUUGCGAUUCGAAAUCCGUGAAGCAUCCGGUGAUUUGCAGCGAGAGUGGUCGAGCCAUUGUCUCUCAUCAUUCAGUGUUGAUCUUUGAAGCAGUCUCAGCUGGUCAACAACAUGAGACCCCAAGUGAUGUUCAGUUCUUGCUUGAAGGCUACUCAGAGGAAGCUCGAGGUGAUUACGAGAAUCUUUACGGUGCUGCGAUGCGUGGUGAUCGAGAAAGCUGUUUGCUUUACGUUGAUCAGCUGAAACAGAGAUGUGUUGAAGGGUUUAAAGAAGGUAACUUGAGCAUCGAACAGUUAGCUGGUGUUGAUGGUUUAUGCGAGUGGGUGGUUAAAGCCAUUGGUGCAUCGGAUCCGGUUCUUACUUACCAUGUUAAUCUCUCGGUUUUCACUUCGAUUCCUGAUUUCUGGGGGAUUGAUCAGCUGUUUCCUAUAGUUCCAAUCCAUAAGCUUGAUCAAAGGCCUUUGGCGAGAGGGAUCUUAUCUGAUUUGACUUGUGACAGCGACGGGAAGAUCAACAAGUUCAUAGGAGGAGAGUCUAGCUUGCCAUUGCACGAGCUGGACAACAAUGGUGGCGGGAGAUACUAUUUGGGAAUGUUUCUUGGUGGGGCUUAUGAGGAAGCUCUUGGUGGAGUACACAAUUUGUUUGGUGGACCAAGCGUGGUUCGGGUUUUGCAGAGCGAUGGACCUCAUGGAUUCGCGGUGACUCGUGCUGUGAUGGGCCAAUCUUCUGCGGAUGUGCUUAGAGCGAUGCAACACGAGCCUGAGCUAAUGUUUCAGACUCUUAAACACCGAGCUGAGGAGUUAUCUUCGGUUCACAAGGCUGGUGGUGGUGGUGAUAAGGGAAAUGAGAAACUAGCUGCAUCUUGUCUUGCUCGUUCAUUCGACAACAUGCCUUACCUUUCCAUGGAAACGUCCACAAACGCUCUCACUGCAGCGAUUAAUGACUUAGGCGUUUACUACUGCGAUGAAGCAGCGGUUGGUGGUGGCGGCGGCUGCGGCAAGGAUGGGAAAUGGUCUUAUUUCGGUGGAUCCGACACAUUUGACUUUUGAUCUUCACCGUACGAUCUUAGAUCCCAUUUGUCUUUAUGUUCUGUUUUUAAGUUUAAAGUUGUUUCUUUGUAAACUCUUAGCAAAUUUUUAAUAAUAAUUUAUAAACUAGUGUUUUAACAGUUAGCAAUCUAAACUGUUAACCAUGUU